UCUCCCAUUUCUCUCUCUGUUUUGGCGCUUGGCGCUGCGCUGGGGCUGCAUUCAACGGGAUCCACAAAACGUUUAGUUUCGCUUCGUUUCGCGUCUUCUCAAGUUUUAUUCUAGCCACGACAAAUAUUUACGCAAGUGCUAAGGUCCGCGUGUCGCGUCGCGUCGCGAGUUUGUUUGUGUGAGUGUGUGUGCUUGGCCGUUUUUUUCGUAAGCCGGUGGACAAGGGGUCUAAAGUUCGAGUGGAGUCCGAAUCGAGUUGGAGCUGCAAUCGCAAUUGCAAUUGCAAUUGAAAGCGACACAUAUUUUGCGGUUUUGCUAAUUUGCUGGACAGGUGCGCAAAGUCUACACAACUCUCCAAAAGCUCUCUUGCUCGCCACUCUGCCGAACGUGUGCGAAAUGCUGCCAGCAGCAGAGACAGCAACAGCAGCAGCAGCAGCAGCAGCAGCAGCAGCAACACCAACAACGAAUGCAAAUGCCACUUGCGCAGCCGAAACGGCGCUCGUGUUCGGGCUCGUGCUCGUGUGAGUGUGGAGAGUGGGAGAAACCGACCCCACCAGCGAGCAGGGCAGUCGGCUCGGCUGGUUGACUGACUGGUCGGCUGGCGCCGCGAGUGGAGUCUGUUUUUGUCGUUCAUUUCAUACGGUUCGUGUCUGCUGUCCGCUCUGCGCUGCCUGUUCGCCAAAAUAAGAUUUUUCCUACGUGGAGUGUGCCCUGCGCGCAUGCGUCGCGUUCGAAGCUGUGUGCCUGUCAACAAGUAAACGCCAGUCAAAUGUGUCUGUAAAAUAAAAAGCAAGCUCUAAGGCCACAAGAAAAAUAAAAACCCCCAAAGAGCCAACAACAACCAAAAAAGUUACAGAUAAAAAAGUGUGCGAAAAACGAAAAACGGGCAAAACUUCCAAGGAAAUUGUAAAGUUCAAUGCGAAUACGGGUUUCGUUCUUAUCGCGCAAACGACGGCGUUCGAGUUCGAGUUCGCGUCUUGUCUGGCUCUUUCGUUCCCUGCUCGACGCGGAUUCCUCUUCGUUUUUUUUAAACUCCAUGCCUGUGCUCGCCUGACCAUUAAAAGUGACGCUCUCCGCGCCCCGUAAUGGACCUUUGAAACAGCUACACAUACACAAACGCACUCCCUCCUCCCCCUCGCCGGAGGCCUCUUCUUCGACGUUGCGUUUCGCGUUAUUUUUAGACGAUAAAAAAGAUUGGAAAAAGCAAAGCACAAACCCCCCCAUACCGCCGCAGGAGGAGAAGAACAGACACAGACACAGCCACGAAAUGGGCACCAAAUCACCCGGUGGUCCACAGCGUUGUCGUCUGAUCUUGCAACGCUGCUUGGCCAUACAGCUGACCAAGCCGGGGCACACGGCCCCCGAGGACUUUUGGAUGUACGACUCGGGAUAUAUGAUAUUUCAGAACUUCCUGGCUGCCAAUGCCCAGUGCUGGUGGAAUGGACCACUGACGGCGGCGACGCGUGCCCUCAAAUACGCCGGACAUGUGGCACCCGGCAUGCUGCUGGUCACCGCCGAACCCUGCGCCCUGGAGGUGCUGCGCGGCGCCUUUGCCAGAAGCGUACUCAAGCCACCGGCCACCUAUGUGAUCAGCUCUGUGGGUGACAUUGACGAUUGCAUUGUGACGCCAACGGUUCAGGGACAGUUCACGCCGCUGCCCGAGGCACUCUGCGACGUGAUCAUGGACCUCACCGCCGAGGGCCAAUCGGCCACCGUGGAGCAUGUGCGCGGCAAGCUGGGCGCCCGGUUUCCGCACAUGACAACACCCGCCACGGAGGUCAUCUACGAUUCGCUGGCACAGCUGAUGCAGGAGCAAAAGAUCUAUCAGACCUCCAAGGGUUACUUUAUCUUUACGCCAGAACGUCGUCGCAGUCGCUCGCGUCCGCGCAGCAAUCAUCAUCAGCUGAGCGGCAGCCUGGCCUAUGCCCAGCUGGAGGAGGAGGAGCAGCAGCAUGGCGAGAGUGUGGUGCCGCAGGAGGCACGCACCAUGCUCAUGUCCAACUCGGAGGCCUUGCACUCGCUCUACGGCGAGAUAUCCACAGAGCGGGACGGCGAUCUGACGCAUCAGUGCAUCCAAACGAAUCUGGCGGAUGUGAUCUGCGGUGGCAAUCCCAACGACAAGAUCAUUUAUCCCAGGGCUGCGAAGCGGCGCAGCGCCUCGUUUCCGACGCCGCGCAGCUUGGAGCGGCGGCACAGUUUGCGGCUCUUUGGCUCGUCGAAGCGCCUGCAACGCUGCGCCUCCACGCGCAGUCUGUCCAAGACCUACGCCCAAGCGCUGAACACCACAGACAGCAGCAGUUCGGAAUACCAAAGCACAGAUUCGUCAUCACCCAAAAAAGGAUCUUUGCUCUCACGCCUGUUCCGACGCAGUGGCCGGGCCAAGCAGCGACAGAUUGAGACAUAUUCCGCACAAUUUCCGCCCGCCGAGUGGUUCAACACGCGCGCCGUGCAUCUGCACAGCGUGGGCACACAAACGGCCGAGCAUGACCUGCCUAUCGCCCACACGCUGUCGAAUUCAACCUUCUACGAUGGCUCGGAGCUGAGUCAGCGCUCGUCCACGCUGCCACGUCGCCAUCGCCGUCACAUGUCCAGCGAGUCGACCUUCCUCAUAUCCUCGCGCGACUGCUCGCCCAUACGCCGCCGCUCGCCCGUGUACUGCAGCGGCUCGCUGCCUCGCUCCACGCAGUCCAUACCAGCCACCACGGGCACGACGACGACAGCCACGAAAAUGAAUCACUCCUCGGCCACGCUCUCGCGGCUGGGCCACACUGGGCCCCCGAAGACCGCACCAAAGUCGGUGAUUGGCAAGCACAUCUUUGAGAGUUCGCCCUCGCGCUCCGGCACACUGAAGGCGACCUCGGCCAAGCGGCAGACGGAUGGACUGGUCAUCAACAGUUGCACGGACAACAAGGCGACGUAUCGGAGUCUGCAGAGCAGCGGGCCGUCCAGCCUGGAGUCGUGCAAGACGUCGUCGAUGUUUGCGAGCGGCCCCUCGAGCAUCGACAGCAUCGGCAAGGUCUCGUUCAGCCAGAAGACCAGCGGCCACUCUAGUCUCGAUUCGCAAUGCUCCACCAACACCGCCGUGGUGGCACCAUCCACCGGCAGCAGUGGCAUUGGCGGUGCUGGUGGUGGCAGUGUCGGCAGCACGCGCUCCAUUCUGCUGCUAAACGGUUCGCCCAGGGGCACGCCGCGUCACCAGGCGAUGCGUGCGCGCGUGGCCGAGGCGCAGGCACAGCGGCAGCGGGCCAGCACGCCCAAUCGCAUAAUGGAGGAGCUCAGCUAUCCGCACAUACAAACGCACACACACACGCACAACGGAGGGGGAGGAGCCGUAGCGGGUGGCGUGCCCAAUUCGAGCAGCAACAACUCGAUCACGCUGCAGGUGACAACCACAUCGAGCGGCGGGGGUCAGAGCAUACCCAGCACCAAAAUCUUUGUGCAAAACUCACCGGUGAGGAGCGUCAUCACGCUGGAGAAUGGCAAGAUGCUGGAGAACUCGAACGUGUUCAUCAUCAACAACGAAACGAUGACGAACGAGCGGGGGGAGAUCAUCAAGAAGACGCUGUCCAAGCAGACUUCCAGCCCAGCGGCAGCUAAUCCGGCAGCAGCCGCACCCUCAGCCACCUCCACGCCAGUUCGAACAGCACAAAAACAACAGCAGCAGCAGCAGCAGCAGCAGCAGGAGUCUGUGUCCAUGUCUGGGUCCAACGAGCAGCCCUUGAGCGAGACGGAGGCCAACUCGGAGACCUGUGACUCCAUUUCCUUCAUCAGCGAGUGCUCGCCGGACAACACGUGCCCCGUGGAUACGCCAGACAUGCCGGAGAUCCCCAUCUACGAUGGUGGCAAGUACGCGAAGAACACGAACAACGAUGCCACCAUGAACAACAGUCGCAAGUUGUGCCUGCAGCUGGCCAAUGGCAUUGCCUACAAGAACAAUGUCCUGAAGAACGAAUCGCAGCCAAACAGCCCCAGUGCCGAGAGCAGCAGCAGCAGCCCCCUGAAGCUGGCGGCACUGGCGAAGCAGGACUUUGAAAUCGCCGGCUCUGUGGGCAAUUUGCACUUUUACGAGAAGAGCUCCAAGGAUCUGGGCCCGGCGCAGAGCAACCACAAUCUGAUGAUGAACAGCAGCACCGAUCUGAAGCAUUUGUGCUACGAGUCUGUGUGCCAGCUGCAAAAGUGCUCGAUGAACGGCGAUGAGCUGGCGCUGGCCCACUUGCUGAGGAAGUCAAACAAUCCCAAUCCGCUGGGCAGUGAGCCCAAUCUGGCGCUCAAGGAUCUGGCCAAUGACAAGGCCAUGGACAAGGAGGGCAUCGAUCGGCGUCUCAGUCUCACGAAGGAGUCGCUGGAGCAGGGCAUGGGCAUGGGCAUGGGCAUGAACACUGGCAACGAGGAGCUCUACAACUUUCCCAGCCUCACCGAUUUGUCGUUCAACUUUACAUCGCUGGCGGCACGCAAAAUCCUGCAGGGUGUCAGCCUCAACAGCAUCGACACGCUGGUGGAGCUCAAUAUGGCAGCGGCGGCGGCAGCGGCAGCCGCAAACAAUGUCAAGGAGAAGCAGCAAAAUAACCAAACAGCAGCGGCCACAACGGCAGCAUCGGUCUGCACCGACUUUGGGAUGGUCUAGGGGAAGCCUGCCCCCCGCCCUCUUAGCAUAAUCAAACGAAAAAUCGUAGCAAUUAAGAGACAAAUAUCUCUGCAUUUUGGCAAAAUUAUGUGCGAAAAGUUUUUGUGUAAUUUUGAUUUCCCUGAUUGAAUUUUGAUAGCUGCAAUUUGUAUAUUUGUUUUAGGGUUUCUUAUCGGAUGCAACUUUUAUUUACAGUGCCAAAAUACGUUUAGUUUAAUUUUAGUUUCGUAUUAUUUCAUUACCAAUUAAACAAAAGCAAAUGUAAGGCCAGUUCGAGCGUUGCCCUCAACGUGUGAAGCGCCGCCAAGCGGGCUUUGUGGGCGAAUCCCAAUCCCCAUUCGAUUCGUUUUCUACUUUACACUUUUUUGUACAUUUACUCAAUGCAAUUGUUUAUACAAACUAUAAUACUAACAACAAAUGCCACCCCCCUCCAAAAUGCGAUCCCCUCUAUCUAUACAUACGAUAUUACGAUACACGAUACACACACGAGAAAUGCAUAAUUGUAUGUGUUUGUGUGUACUACGACCAUAGAAUUUAGCACUUAACGAUGAUACAAUAAUUUUUGUACAAGGCCUUAAUUAGUAAAGUCAGCAAUAAUACAACAUAAGUUGAAAAUCACUAAUAAAAUAUAAAUA